AUGAAACCAUUAAUCGCCGCCAUAAGAAAAUCCAGGCUAUGGACAAAGCAAGAAAUUGAACAAAUAAAAAACCUAGAGAAAAAACCUGGCACCACAUGGAAAGAAAUACAAAAGAACUAUUUUCCGAAUCGAAGUCUUUCUGGAUUACUUCAAAAAUGGCAAAAAGAGAAAUCAGUACUCGAAAAACCCAACAAUAUUAAGCACGACGACAGUAACGAUAACAAUAAUGUUUAUAAUUCAAAUUAUCAUCAUUUUUGGACAAAUAAAGAAAUUGAAAAAAUCACCAACUUAGUAUACGAACACGGCAAGGAUUGGUCCUACAUACAAAAAAAUCAUUUUCCGAAUAGAACUGUCGGUGCACUUCAAUCAAAAUGGUGGAAAUUGAAUGCAGGAAAGAUUAUCGCGUUAGAAGAGGAGAUCAAAACAUUGCGUGAAGCUGUAGUAAAAGUUGGCUCCAGGUGGACAUUUAUUUCCAGGGAGUAUUUUGAUUCCAAAUUGCCUCCUAAAUAUUUGAGAUUUGUUUAUAACCGAAUGAUUAAGUCUGAUAAAAGACGCAAAUUGGAGCAAAAGAAUGUAACAACUGCAGAGCAUCAAAAUAUUACCAAAGAUAGAAUCGAAAAGAACGACCGUUCAUCGUUUCGGAAAAUUGAAUCAGAACCUUUCAAUAAAUACCGAAAUAAACGUUUCGAAAAAUUUAUGUCAGACACAAAGAAUGACGUUGAACAUUUGAAUACUGGACCGUGGAACCCAGACGAACAAAUGGUCUUUGAGUAUGCGUAUAAGAAAUAUGGUCAAAAUUGGGAUCUGAUUUCUGAAACUAUUGGAUCUAGAAGCGAAGGUCAAUGCGAAACUUAUUGGAAAGAAAUAAAUGGGAAGAUCAAUUAA